AUUAUUGUAUCAUCAUCGUUAUCUAUAAUUUACUAUUUACAAGUUUACAACCAUUUUGGUAUGAUACUCAUUACUUACGGUUACGGUCCGUUCUCCACUAUUCGGCAAUCACUAUCACGAUAAUAUAUAUCUUUAAUCGUGAUCACCAUUCGCCGUAGUAGUGAUAAUACCAGAUUCAGAGUAGGCAGUUGUACUCGCCACAUAAAUACGUCAUAACUCAUAAUAAAUAGUUUGACAAAAGUAAUCAGUGGUCACUCACCACUCUGCAGUCUGCACUCAGUACUCAGUACUCGUAACUGAGCACUCGUCGGGUCCACUUUAUUAUACGUUUUUAUUUAACUUGUUGGUUCCAUUUAAAUUGACUAUAAUUUAAUAUACUUUAAUGAUGUUUUAAUACCGAUCAAAUAUUUUAGUUGUGAAUGGUAAUGUCUUUUCCAGCCCAAAACGCUAGAGCACUCUAUUCCCAAUUAGGUAUUCAGAAUCGAAAAAUACUCGAAGACUUGGAGCUGAAGAAACAGAUAUUAUUAAAAACCGGUGCUGUUCCAACUCCUCCAACAGUUUCCCAUCCUACAACUCCGGGAACAUCUGAUAGUCAUUUUCAACGUGCCCAAGCCUUACAAUCUGCAGGUUUUUUCAUCACCACAGAUUCAGCUUUUGGAAAUUCUAUACUACCUGUCCUACCGCGCAUUGAAAAAUAAUACUCAACCGCUAUGGCAUGU